AUGCCAGUCAGGCACAUCGUCAUGUUUGGCAUCAAAGAGGGCACGACAGAAGCACAGAUCUCGACACUGAAGACAGGGCUAGCGGGGCUGAAGAGCAAGAUCCCGGAGAUCAAAUCGUUCGAGCUAGGAUUCGACCUGAAGCUGAAGGGCGGGCAGACUCACCCAGCCGGGAAGAACCGCUCUUGCUCCUGGGCGCCGACAUUCGAUACUAAAGAAGCCUACGAGGUGUACGAGACUCACGAGGCCCACAUCGAAGUGAUCAACGACUGCAUCAAGCCCAUCAUUGAGCCUGGUACGCGAGCCGCCAUCCAGUACGAGAUGGAGGAGUAG